GUUUCUCCUCCACAGGAACAUUUGUAGUGAAUGUGACUCAGACUUCCUAUCAGGCAGAGGAGAACCAGAACAUCACCCUGGAGUGGACCUUCAGCUCCAGAACAGACACUUCCCUCAGAUCCAUUUCUACCUACUGUGAGAUGUUAACUGAGAACAGACCCUACGUCCUGUUUCAUCUCCAUCAAGGUGUUGAAUCCCCAGAGUCUCAGGAUCCAGAGUUUGCAGGACGAGUCCAGUGGGACAAAGACGUCCUCACAGAAGGACGCCUCACACUUCAUGUCUCCAGACUCAGGACCAAUGACUCUGGGUUUUAUGUGUGUGACAUACUCGUCACUCCUGAUGGGAGUAACUCUAGGAGAUGCUGGCUAAACGUCACUGCUGCUGAGUUCAAACCAGAGGGAACAACAGAGAGUGAACAACCAAAGAGUGGGAGAAACUACUGGAUCUCCAUUGCAGUCGCAGCAGUCGCAGCAGUAGCAGCUGUGAUGGGUAUUAUUGCUACGAAAGUUUGUUUUUCUAAAUGUACUCACAAGAACAGAGACGACCUUUCAGGCAUACAGCCAUUGAGAUCCUCAGAGAAAAAACCCACCAGGACCAACACCACUCCACUUAGCUUUGCCCCUUUAGGCUUGGUUUUGAAAUGUUGUUUUUCUAAAUAUAGAGACAGGAAAAGCGACAUCAAUGAAAUCAAACAGCCGUUAGAUUCCUCAGAGAAACAACCUGUCACUUCUAACGUGAUUACAGUUACUGCGAUGACACACUCCGAAACACAGAUUCUGUCAGAAAAAGGCUUGUGAUGUAAAAUGUAUAACUGCAUUUAAAUAUAUGACGUGUUCUGACUAACUGUAGAAAUGUCAGUGCAAAUAAUGCUUGCAGGUGUCAAACUGCUUAAUUGUGAGGGUUUUGUGAGGACAGUUAACAUAGAAAUAGAGCUACAAAAAACAUCAGAUAAUGUUACUGAGUUCUAUCAUUCACCUGUACGUCAUGAAUCGCUCUGUUUCCUGCUAACUGAGGGUUACCAUGCUGUAUUUAAUAUGCAUGUAUCAAUGCUCCAUAUUAUAAAUAAGUCACUUUGUAUAUUUGUAUUACUGUUUCACUCCACAAUCUGCAUGUAUUACAGGAGGAAAUAUUUGGAAAUGUUAAAUUGGAUCAAAUUAAAAGUGUAAAAUGCUUUAUUACUUUGUAUUAUAAUAAAAGUUUUUAUUCUUUUACACUAUUGUUCAUCAUGUCUCUCUG